GAUUGGUAUUGGUGGUAUGGUUAUGUUAGAUUCAUAGAUAGAAUUGAAUUAGGUAGGUUAGUUCGAAAUCGAUUAUUGAAAAGAACACUUUUAAGAAGAUAUUAGGCCUAGUUAAAGUAUUUUUAUGAAACAGGCGUAGAAGUUAUUUUCAAGUCCAUCCUCAUGAACUUAAUUGUGAAGUGUAAGUGAAUUAACUUAGCCUACGUGUAUUAGGUGAAAAAGAUAAGUGUGCUUUUUAAUUUAAAAUGUUACCAACUUUUCUAAAAUCUAGUUUUGGGCUCUUGCCUAAACCACACCUAAAAUUAACAUUUUCUACUGCCACUGUCGGUGUCAAAGAAAAAUGGGAUUUGGUUAGUUCGAUAUGUUUAGAAAGAAAGCCAAAGUUAACCAAAGAUCUAACUGAAAUGGAAUUGAAAUAUGCUGAAACUUUAAGAAAAGUAGAAUAUGAAUCUAGUUUUAGAUCUGACCAUGAAAUUCGGAAGAUAACAGACAAAAUGUAUGCUGAAGAAUUAAAGAAAAAAGAUAGUUUUGUUGAGGAGGCACCCAUGCAGACAGCUCAAGAAUUUGAAGAUGCAUGUAAAAUAGAGUUGGAUCAAUUUAAAUUGGCUGAACGAACAACGCCUGCAGAUAGUAGGAAUGACACAACUUCAACCGAGCGGCAGCUGAUUAAUAGUCUGUUAUUAGUUACAAAGCAAAAACUGGGAAAUAACUCCUAUUGGCUUCUUCCCCAGGGUGUACGUCAAGAAGGUGAAACCAUGCGACAAGCUGCUGAAAGAGUAUUAAAGGAAAAUUGUGGUCCAAACUUGCAGACAAGAUUUAUGGGUAACGCACCUUGCGGGUACUACAAAUACAGAUACCCAAAAGGUGCCAAGGUAAAGGAAGCAGUUGGUGCUAAAAUAUUCUUCUUUAAGGCUCAGCUGAUCAAGGGAAAUGUGUCAAAAGAUGUGUGUCAAGAAUAUCAAUGGUUAAGUCAAAAGGAACUUAAUAUUUUACAAGAAGACUAUUUAAAGAGUGUCAAAAUGUUUCUUAUUGACGAUGAUGUUGAAUUAAAGUAAAUUCGCUUCUUCAAAAAACGAUGUAACUUAUACUUUGCAUCAAACUAAGCAUUACAUAGUUUUGUUUGUGGGCUAUUAAUAAAUUACUGUAGUGCAUUUUCAAAUGCGAACAGAUUGUUGAUAGGC